AUGGAGCAGCGACAGUGGACGCCGGCGAUAUCGGCGGAUGCGGCGAGCCCGCACAGAGCCAAUCGCAGCAUAUCGUCCUACCGUCAACGUCCCAUCGCCUGGGCGGACAUCGAGGCGGCUGCCGAGGCGGGGGGCUACGCCAUACGCACGCCCUCCAGGAGCUCUGCCCUCGCCACGAGCUCAUCGGGAUCUAACAAUUCCAUUGAUGAAGAUCUCACGAGCCAGAAGAAUGAAGGCGAAGCCCAAAACAAAUCUGAUCGCGAAGAGGAAGCAGAAGAAGAAAAGGAAACGAAAGGAAACGCUACCGAGGUCGAGGCGAGGGGCGAAGGGGGCGAAGACGCCUCCUCGUCUUCAAAAUCGAUCGAGCCCCUCACCCUCGAUUCUCUCUCCAUCGCGGCGACAGAUGAAGAGGGGGCUCCAUCCAAUGGAUCAUCCAUCAAGGUGAAGAAGAACAGCAGGAGGGAGAAGAAGCCGAGCAAGAAGGACAAGAAGAAGGCGCGGCCGGGUCCGUUCUCGCCACCCGCCAGCCCAUCCUCAUCAUCCGACCUCGUGCCCACCUCCUCAUCAUCAGGCAAGAAGGACAAGAAGUCGAAGGAGAAGAGGGACAGAGAAAGAGAAAAGGAGAAGCAGGAGAAGGAGCGAAAGGAGCUGAUGGUGCGGGUGAGCGUGCCGGAGCGGCGCAUGGUGCGGAUGGUGGUGUUCCCGGUCGACACCACCGUGCAGGGCGCGCUCGAGCAGCUCUUCAUGCGCAACCCGCUGGCCGACGACCCUGGCCUGUACGGCCUGGCGCUCGCCGUCGACCCCUCCUUCGGCAACCCGUUCGCCUCCACAUACGCUUCGUCGUCGGCGUCGUCGUCCGUCUACCUCUCCACCUCGCCGCUGACCGACGCCUCGCUCGCGUCAGCUGCUGCGCCCUACACGCCGCCCGCGCGCUGGCUCGACAGUCAGCAGCUCCUCUCCUCCUACACCAUACGCCCUGACCAAGUGGUCGAGUUGAAGAAGAAGCCACCGCCGCUGGUGGUGACGAUGGAGGACCGCACCAAGCGAUCCAUCCUGGUCGAUCCCACCGCGCUCGGCGGUGACCUGGCCGAGGUGAUCGUGGAGGGCACCACCGAAGAUCACAACAAGCGGGUGCAGGAACUGUUCGAUUUCGACCUCUACUGCGUGGUCAGAGGCUCCGCAGGAGCAGGGAAGGGCCUCGGGGCUCCGCUCUCCUCGUCUCCGCUGUCGCCCAGCAUGUCGGACAGCUUCUGGAUCGACAGGCAAGCAGCCCUGCAAUGGCCCAGCAGCGCACCUGAUCGCUAUCUGCUGCAGUGGAAGAAGCGACCUCACAUCAUCAAGGUUCAGCCGCACUCCAAGACCGCACAGGCGGGCGUCGCCGCCAAGUUCACCCUCAAAUACUAUUACGAUACCACAGUCAAGUAUUUGGGUGCCGAGGAGAACCCCGAGGAGUAUUCGCUCCAGGAGACCACAGCUCAGAGCCUGCGCCGUCGACGGCGCAGAGACCCGUCUGACUCGUCGUCGUUUGGCAGCGGUGACACCAUUGCAGGCGGUGAGGGUGGUGGCCACCGGGCCGAUGCCUCGUCCGGCCUCAUGUCGUCGAGCAGCGGGGUCGUCACGGGUCUGGGCUCCAGCUCAUCGACCGUGAAGGAGAAGAUCCAACUCUUCAACAGUGGCGCCGGGCCGACGCCGACGACAGCAGCGACGGCGACGGCCACCAGCGGCUCAUCGCCCAGUUCUGCGACAGCGGCGCUGUCGGGCAGCUCGGGCAACGUGACCCUGGGCCGCUUGGGGUCGACCUAUGCGCGGACGAGCAGUACCAUGGCCCUCCCGACCAGCCGGAGCCACGGCAGCCUCCCGACUGCACCCGACGCCGAAUCCGAAGACGGCUUCUGGCUCGACGGCGACGACACCCUCUCCCAAUACGACCUGGCGCCCACCGAUACGCUGCACCUGCGGAUCAAUCCGCACAAGGUGGUGCAGGAGCCGGAGAAUCACGUCAACGUCUCGUUUGCCGAGGCGCCCGACGUGUUCCCCGUACUCGCGGCCCUGUUCCAACGCGAGGAGGCGCGCCGAGUCGCCGCCGGCGAGGACCAGCAGCAGGUCCACGGCGAAAGCGCGGCGGCGACGGCGCGAUCUCACUUCGUGCGACAGUUUCAGAUCGACUUCAGCACCACCGUGGAGGACCUCACCGCCGCCAUCAUUCAUUUUCUACGCGACAAUGCAGGGGAGCGGGCAGAGGUGUCGCUGGAGGGCUACGGGCUCUUUCUGCUGCGGGCAGAUGCGCUGGAGAAGGACCAGGCCACGCUCCUCGAGCCAUCUUCGCUCAUCCUCCCGCUGGGCCUCUCACUCGAGGUGACUGCCAACAUCGGACCCGACGAUCUGGUCCUGGAAGUUAAGCAGCGACUGGACCUCGGUCUUGCCCUUCCGGCCUCCCAGACCCAGGGCUGGUUCUUGUAUCUGUGCGAUCCCUACAACGGACAGCGCACGCAGCUCCAGGACGGUUUGGCCGCUUUGUCGUCGGUGAUCGAGUACGGACCGCGAAGGGAAGUGAAGGCCGGUGCGUCGACAGAUUCGGCGGCGCGGCUCACUGCUUCGCGCGGCCGAGGGAAGGCCGCCACGCAACACAUUCGCGUGCGCCUGGCCACGCGCGCGGGCGACGAUGACCCAAGCGGCUCCUCCGUAGCAGGCGAUGGUUGGCGCGUUCCGUUCCACCCACUGAGCUCGACCGUUGACAACCUCAUGGAGGACGUGGCCCAGCUGGGGAGCGAUCCGUCGCUGUACAGCGGCUGGCGCAAUUUUGUGGGUGCGGCCAGUGAGGGCGAGGAGAGCGAAGCGGGUGCGGGUGCGCGGGGUCUCUACAUGGAGGCCAAGGACGAGGAGGGCGGCGUCUGGCUGCUCGAUCCGUUGGCCCUCGUCGCCAGCUACGGCGUCGAAGACGAGGACGUGCUGGUGUUGAAGCCGAUCGGAGGUGUGGCUGGUCGGGAAUCCGCCCUGCCCAACACCGUCAUCAUCCGAGUCAACAUACCGGAUCGGCAUGAGGUGGUGAACUUGGAGGCACGACGGCUCCCCGAACGCAAGACGUUCACCUUUGCCUACUCGGCGUCGACCCUGGUCGAGGAGGCCCUCUCCUUCGCAUUUCAACACCUUCGGCACGAGCAUGCCAAAGAAGCCCCGGAGCCCCUCGCUGGUGCCACUGGCAGCGGCGCGGUGGCCGGACUCAACAAGCCCCGUCCUUCGCUCGAAGUGUCGGGCGCGGAACAGUAUCAGCGGGUCGAGGAGCAGGCCCGGUGGUGGGAGCAGCAAUGGCUCGCGCUCGAGACCGGCGACGACUCAGCGCUCGGCCGGCGCUUCGGCCUCUUCGCCGGCGGCGCGGGCGGUUCGUUCGUCAACAUGGCCUCGCCUGCCGGCACGGCCUCGCUCUCGGCUACCCUCACCCGCCCUCACUUCGGCGGCAACACCGCCACCUGGCUCUCGCCUCUCCGCACCCUCGCCUCCUACGACCUCACUCACCGAAGCGUGAUCGAAUUUCAAAUCCGACCAAUCCGGAUUCGGGUGAGCUAUAAGAACGGGCAGUGCCUCAGCGUGGACGUCGAACCCCGGUGUCCCGUCGGCGAGCUCCUUCUCCACUGUAUUCUAAACAAGCCGGCACACAUCAAGGCCUACACCAAAUCACAAAACCUGUCCCUGUGGCACUCCUCGCCCGAUCAGCCGCACGGGCUGUGGCUCAUGGCCGGCUGCCCUAUGUCCUGCUACCUCGGCCUGGCCGAAAAGUCGACGCUCAAGCUGUCGCUGCGGGUUCACAAGGAGCCCUGCACGUUCGAGCUGGUCGACGGCAACACGCUGGUCCACUGCGUCGACUACUCGCAGCCCCUCAAGGACAUCCUCAUGGCCUUCAGCCAGAAGAAGAACAUGCACGUCCUCUUCAAAUUCAACCAACGCAACCUGGCCACACUCUGCGUGUUCGCCAGAGCCACAAAGCGAAGGAUGGACCUGGCCAAGUCGUUGCGGGAGAACGGCUUCUUGGGAGGGGACGCGUCGCUGGUGCUCGUGAACAAGCUCGUGCGCGUGAUGUCGUCCUCCGCCUCCAUCGGCGGGAUCCAGAGCCCCGCCGUCGGCCGUAAGGGAGAGCCCAAGCGAUCAGCGGUUGAAAUCGGCCGACGCGACGCGGUCCAAAAGCAGGGGCUGAAGGCUUCCGAGGAACUGCAGCAGUUCCUGGAGCUGGCGGAGAAGGAGGACCUGCAGCGCGACGACAACAAUGCGGCGAGCGAGGUCGACGAGGGCUGGAUCGCUGCGGCCGAGCGGGCCGGCCUGGGCACCAACAUAUGGAAGGAGCCCGCCGACUCGCCCGACAACCUCGUGCUCGACCCCAAGACGGGCAAGGUCUCCGCCGCCACGCUCAACAAGCUGGUGAUGCGGAUGACGGCCACCACCAGCUCCGAGGACUACGACCCCAAGUUCAUGCAGGCCUUUCUCAUCACCUACCAGUCCUUCACCACUCCCGUCGUGCUCCUCAACAAGCUGCUCGAACGGUAUCAUGUGCCGACGUCGACGUGCGAACCGGGGAUGAGCGAGGCCGAGUGGCGGGAGAAGGUGGUGUUCCCGAUCCAGUUCCGAGUGGUCAACAUCCUCAACCAGUGGCUCGACACGUGCUUCGACGACUUCGACGCCUUCCUGGUGACCAAGCUCAACAAGUUCAUCCAGCUCUCCCUGCCCGCCGAUGGCCACUCCCCGCUGGCCAAGAAGCUCGCCAAGACCCUCAUCAAGAAGGCACCUCACCCAUCGCUUCCGCUUUCGCUUUCAUUCUUCACGUCGGCCGAUCCGAAGAAGCUGGAGCGAAUAUUCGCGCAGGCGCCGCCCACCCCGAAGGUUCCACGCAAUCUGUACUCGCCCAACCUCAACUUCUUCGACAUCGACGACGAGGAGAUCGCCCGACAGAUCACCCUCAUCGAAUACUCCAUGUUUGCCCAGAUCAAGCACAAGGAGCUGCUGCAGCAGGCGUGGAACAAUCCCAAGCUGCAGCACCUGUCGCCCAACGUGCUGGCGUUCGUGGGGCGCUUCAACGUGGUCUCCGGCUGGGUGUCGUCCAUGAUCGUCAAGGUCGAGCUGCUCCGGAACCGCGUCCGCAUGAUGACCAAGAUCGUCAACAUCGCCAAGUGCUUGUAUGCGUUGAACAACUUCAGCAGCCUGAUGGCGUUCAUUGCCGGGUGGAACACGUCGUCGGUCAUUCGGCUCAAGUGGACCAUGAAGGACCUGCCCAAAAAGACCAUCGAGCUGCGAGACAUGCUGGAGGGCGUCAUGUCGUGCGACUUCUCGUGGCGCGCCUACCGGACGGCCAUCCACGAGGCCAAGCCGCCCUGCCUGCCCUACAUCGGCGUCUACCUCCAGGAUCUCAUCUUCAUUGAGGAGGGCAACCCUGACAACCUGGGCGAUCUGAUCAACUUCUCGAAGCGGGAGCUGGUGGCGAGCGCCAUCCGCGAGCUGCAGCAGUACCAGCAGCAGGCCUACAACCUGCUCGAGGUGCCCCGCAUAUCCGCCCUGUUCGUCAACCUGCCCACCAAGAGCGACGACGAGCUCUACAACCUGUCACUCAAGCGCGAGCCCCGCGGCGCCGAUCGGUCCGCCAUCGCCUAG